AUGGCGCCUAACCUCUCUCUUAUAUCGGUAAACGCAAUCCUAAUCCUCUCCCCGAAUGACGGCUCUCGGAUUCUUGCAAAGUACUACCACCCCCCUCACUCUACCCCUUCCACUGUAAACCCAUACCCGACAGCAAAAGAACAAAAAGCUUUUGAGAAGGGCUUAAUCGACAAGACCGCCAAAUCAAACAACGAUAUUAUCCUCUACGACUCACGCAUCGUCGUCUUUAAGGCCGAGAGCGAUGUGAUGCUCUAUGUUGUCGGCGGAACUGAGGAGAACGAGAUGUUGCUAUGGCACACACUCUUGGCAUUGCGGGAGAGCUUGAACCUAUUAUUGAGAAAUAUCACGGAUAAACGUACCAUGCUGGAGAACUACGAUAUUGUAUCGCUAUGCGUUGACGAAAUUGUUGAUGAUGGGAUCAUCCUCGAGACGGACCCCGCCACCAUUGCAUCCCGUGUUAGUAGACCGCCGAAGAAUGAGGUUGUUGGAAUGAAGAACCUAGACCUUUCAGAACAGGGGUUGCUCAACGCUUGGGAGUUUGGAAAGCGACAAUUGGCAGAAAGACUGCGUCAAGGGAUGUAA